AUGCUGGCGUGUGUGCAGCAUCAUCAGCAUCCGGUCCAUCACCUGCCGUGUGUCUCACAGAUCACGGACACAACCCUCCGUCAGCAGAGUGAGCCGAGCGCCGUGCGUUCCCCCUGCUACCCGUCUACGGCCCAGCUGGAUGCCUACGCUCAGAAGACAGCCGACAGGCCGAUAUCCAUCAAGAUCUUCCCGAGCAACAUCAGAGUCCCGCAGCACAAACAAAUCAACAGAACCGUCAACGGUCUGGACACCAGCGGGCAGCCGUUCUCCACAGGACCUCAGGGCUUGUUGGCUAUGGUGAAAUCUCCCACUGCGGUCAAAGUGUUAUUUGUUUCUGAGGAAAUCUACAACAACAGAACAUUUAUAUUCUCACAUCGGAUAACAUCAUGUCAUCACUAAGCCUUGAUGUCUCAAUAUCUGUCCUGCUUGUGUACAGUACAAACUCAUCACUAAAGAACAAUCACUUCUACUAAACUGAGCUAUUUUCACCCAGGCUCGGACA